AUGGGCUGGUGGGCCACAAUAUGGAGUGCGCCUGGCCAGAAUCAUGGAAUAUGGAGCAACGAUAACACAAGUGACGACCUCGCCAGGGAGUGGAGGAACCCUAGCGUGAUAAUCGCCACGAUUCUCAUGUUGUCAGGGGACAGCGUCAUUCGAACAGCUCUGGCCCAAACUGCCGGAAACUGGUAUAAUCCAGUAUGCUUCUCAUUCGGGUGGCUUUCCUACUCGCUGAGCACGUUAGUCGACGUCUUUGGUGACGGAAAGCUCUUGCCCCCACCAGACUAUCCGGUAAAAGUCUUCAAUCUGGCAUCCGGCUACCAAAGGGAGAAUAGGAAUUGGAUUAUUGGCAGAAUAGUUCGAGAUCAUCAGACCUGGAUUUCCAAGCAAGAGCCACUCGGUGACAACGCCAUCCGAAUCACAAUAUGCGAAGCCGAACACAACCGACUUGGCUGCCUUUCGGUUCGAUACUCCAAACUACACAUUCUUGGUAUAAUUACAAUGACAGUGCAAUUUAUUGUGGCAUCAAUACCUACAAUAUUGACCAAUGGUCAGGAAUGGGGCGUUCUGUUUGUCACUGCGAUUGGAACAUUGCUUGCGAUCAUCAUGGGGUCUGUUCCACAGUGGGCUGCAGAAAAGCUGCCGCGUGGUAAUCAGUCACCUGCUGGAAAAUUGUCCCGAGGGGGUCGACAGGUGCCUAAUGGCUACAUCCUGACAGCUGGGAAUGGUUCUCGGGAUGUGAUCGUUAUCCAGAAUGACAAGGGUCAUUGUAUGAAUCUUGAAGAACUUUCAGCACAUGAAUCGCCGAUGAACAGCAGGCCAUGGCUGAAAUUUAAGAGGCGCAGCUCCGGCGAACGAAACACGGAACUUGCGUCAGAAAUUUGGGGAUAUCCCAAAGGCUUUUUCAUAACUCUCUGCACUUCGAUGGCACUAGCAAUUGCGUGGCUACUUCUCUUUAUCACCAUUCCUGCCUUACGAGGACACACUUGGUUCUUCAUCAUGGUUGGUGGAAUAGGAUUACUUCACAAUGCCAUCAUAGCAGGCAUCAGAAGGAAGCCAAAACAAAGGAAUCUGCCCCUGAAAUACAAAGAUAUUAUUGUUGCCCGAAAGGUCAUGGAUGGGUUGAUGGAUCUCGAAAUGAACAUUCCAGGCUGCGGAAACCUGCUGGUUCCAGAGUUCUAUCCCGGGCACUUGUUGAAGGAUGAAUACGAAUGGUGGUAUGAGGAGGAUCCAAACAAGAGAAAGAAAACGGCUUAUGAUAGAAAAAGGAUUGAAGAGAGCGACCGUCGUUAUCUUCCCCAUUCUCUUGGGCGACCAGAUGGGCACACGACAUUUGGUGCUGCAGACAUACCAACAGAAGCUGCACACAUGAAACGUCAUGUACAUGCGAUGAGUCGGGAAAUUCACAUGGAAAAUAAUCCCCAAGGUUCGAUAGAUCAACUAAUCAUGACAAAUGAGUUGCCUUCGACAUCAGGAGCAGAGGAUGAAGCGUCCGACACGAAGGCUUUGCCGACUGGCCAGUCGGACGCGAAGAUUUCCAGCUUGCAAGCUGGUUCGAAUCACUUAGGAGAGGGUGUUUCCAGCUCAGAGCAACCACGUUCUGUUUCUGGUCCAAGACAGUCACAAUCUGAUGGAAGAACCAAUGCCCCAGAGAACCUCACCAAAGCACCAGUCUGGGAUUAA